UAUUGUUGGAAAUGCAAACCUGUAAACAUUAAACACUCGUCAAAAAAAAAAAAAACUCAAAAAAGUUGGCGUUAAGAAGAUCAUUUCAAUGAAGUGGAUACAAACAUCAAGCACAGUAAAGUUAACCAGUGAAGACGGAUUAACAGAAUCACCAUUUGAUGACGUCUAAUGAUGGAAAAGACCAAUUCUGCCUCCUCAGUCUUAUGUCUGCAGGUUCUGUAGAUGUAACUAUAGCUGGAGGUGAGGGCAGAGUGGAUGGAAAGACCCUGCAGCAGACUGGUCCUGGAAGCCUGCCUAUGAUGUAAAAGGGAUUUACAUCUACCUGGCACAUUUUAUUAAAGCCUUUAUAAGGAGCCAAGUCAGCCGGACUGCAUCUCCUCCAAGUUCAGAAGCAGUAGGCAAGAAAAACCUUACGCCACAGAUCCUCCAGAGAUCAGCAGCAGAUGGCUGAUACACAUUGUCGUAAAAGGCUUUGGAAGGAAAACGAUGGAAGACCAAAGUCAGCGAAAAGAACGUCUAUCUUUGCUGAAGAAACCACCAAACCUUCAGGUGAAGGUGAGCAGCAAAUUCUGGUGGUUAAAGAAGAGGUCCCUGAUCUUUGGAGCUCUAGUUUGGAGCAGCAGAAUCCAGCACCCGUCCGGGUAAAGAAGGAGGAUUGGGAACAGUGGACUGAUCCAGAUGGAGAGCUGCUUAGGGAGCAGGUAGAACCUGAUGAGAACAAUUUUCCAUUCACUGUUGUUACGGUGAAGAUUGAAGACGAUGAUGACCUCAACUUAUCAGAGCAUCAAGACAUCAAAACUGAAGACAACAAGGAGGCAGGAUCUUCAACCAGCAGAUCAGCAGAACAGAUGGGAACAGAACCCAGUGGGGAGGAUAAUGGAGGACCUGAACCAGACAGGAACCCAGAUCCAAAUACGCAUUUACAUCAAAAUACUGAUGAAAAUGCUUCAGCCUCUUCUGAGACUGAAGUCAGCGGUGAGUAUGACUGUGAUGAUAAUCUGUCAGACUCUGGAUCUGAACAUGAAGACAGUGACGAAGACUGGGGGGAGACCAGGACACAUCAGUCAGAGGAAAAGUCCUCUAGUUGUCUGGAUGAUGCAAACCUUUCUACAACAGAGCCAAACACAGAUUCACAAAACGUCCUUGAUGGGAAGAAAUUAUUCGUUUGUGAUGAUUGUGGUAAACCGUUUUAUUAUCUGUAUCACCUCAAGCGCCACAUGGCCCGCCACACCGGAGAGAAACCAUUUCAGUGUGAGGAAUGUGGCAAAAAGUUCAGCUUGAGGGGAAAUCUGAACCAACACAUGACGAUUCAUAAAGGAGAAAAACCUUUCUCCUGCAGCUUCUGUGACAGAUGCUUCCGGCUGAGCAGCUAUCUUCAGGCGCACAUAGUGACACAUGUAGGAGUGAAAGCAUUUACCUGCCAGCAUUGUGGUGAAAGAUUUACUCGAGAGGGAGCUCUGAAGAGACACGUCGUGAGGCACACCGGCGUGAAACCGUUUUCCUGUGCUAUAUGCGAUAAAAGAUUUUACAGAAAGUCUGAUUUAAAGUAUCACAUGCCGGUUCACUCAAGAGAGCAGAAAGUCAGUUCUGCACCGAGGAACUUUGCUUGUGAUGAAUGUGGAAAAAGAUUUAUCCACAAGUCCCAUGUAACAAGACACAUGAUCACCCACACAGGAGAAAAAACGUUCAGCUGUGACGUUUGUGGCGUCAUGUUUAAGUGGCAAAGCGCUUUAAAAAGACACAAAAGGAGAUUUCACAAUCAAUAGAAACUUCUGAGUUGCGGGGCUCAUUAAUGUAUUGCUUUAGCACAUUUACUCUGGAUGGAUUAAGUUAACUAGACAUAAAAAGCAGCAACUGGACAAAGACUGCUUUAUACAUUUGAAGAAAAUGUACCAGAGCCGGUGUUCCAACCAUAGAGGGAUCAAACUCCUCAGCCUCCCUGGGAAUGUUUUACUCUUUGGUCAGGAAUAUCGAUUCCAUGACGAUUUCCUGCAUGUUUAGGAUGCUCCAACAGCGCUGAAUUAAUGGCUCCUCUCCAUAUGUUUAGGUUGUGGAUCGGUCUGGUAAUGAACUGUUCAUUCAACUCCAAGGUUCUUUCGCAGUCCAGAAAAUUAUGGAUUUGGUUUUAAGUAUGGAAAGAAAGAAAAGGAGGUUGGAAAUGAGUUUCCAGACUUUAAUUGUUAUUCUGUUUCUAAAGGACACAGGCUGAAAUUGUAAAGAAUCAAGAGCUUCUUGCAUUAAUCUGUAUUUAAUUUACAUCCUUUGUCUUUAAAUUGAAACAUCUUAACUUGAAUUUUUAACAAACAUAUUAAUGGAUUUGCUUGUAAAGGAACAGUUUUUCCCCUAAAUUAAUGUUUUCCAGUUUUCUCUUGAUUUUCCUGAUAAUGCUUUAGAAUGCAAUAAACAUGUUGAAUAUGAGAUUACAGGUCAUGUGGUAAGAAAUAUUUUAAUAUUUGUUUGCUGGUUACCUAUAUUGUGUGUUGAAUGCAGUUGUAAUCCUUUUGAUUUAUUUUCUAUAUGUACAUAUGAACAGGUGAGAAUCUAUCACAUGAUUUAAUAAAAAGAUAAAGGUUAUACCCAAAA